AUGAUAUUUCAGUUGAGAUAUGCUCUGCUGAAGUUGGUAUCUCAAUCAAGGGAUGCUCAGGUGCUAUCUCAGAAGCUGGAUCCAGGAGGCGUGUCCAACUACACGGUGACGUUUGUGGAUUGGACGGAGCGCAAGUGGCAUCCCAAGGCCUACUCCGUGGACAACACCACCUCGCUCCUUCUCAGGCAAAUCAAGUGCGAGGAUCGGUACAUUGCAUGGCGUCCCUACUGGCAUCGCAUUCGCCAGUCGUACAAGAGUCAUCUGGUGAGAGGGUUGCCCAGGUUUGAUGGGUGUUGUGGUGCAGUGCGCUGCUGA